AUAAAGUUUCUCUCUCUGCAGAAAAACAUGGCUUCAAUGCUCCUGAACACGAUGCGGAGCUCCUCUGUCAGCCCUUCCUGGGCGAUGCGGUUGGGGGCUCGCUCUCUCAGUACGACGACACAGCUUCAGGCUCAGGUUCAGACAAAGAGUAAAAAGACACUGGCCCGGCCUGGCGUGAAGAACAUCGUUCUGGUGGAAGGAGUUCGAACCCCUUUCCUGUUGUCUGGAACCACAUAUGCCGACCUGAUGCCUCAUGACUUGGCCAGAGCAGCUCUGCAGGGUCUGCUGCACAAGACAGGUUUACCCAAAGAUGCUGUAGACUACAUCAUCUAUGGAACAGUCAUUCAGGAGGUCAAGACCAGCAAUGUAGCGAGAGAGGCAGCACUGGGUGCAGGUUUCUCUGACAAAAUCCCAGCUCACACCGUCACCAUGGCCUGCAUCUCCUCCAACCAGGCCAUGACCUCAGCUGUUGGUCUGAUUGCUGCAGGACAGUGUGACUCUGUCGUGGCAGGAGGGGUGGAGUUCAUGUCCGACGUUCCGAUCCGUCACAGCCGGAAGAUGAGGAAGACCAUGCUGUCCCUCAACAGGGCGAAGACCCUCGGCCAGAGGCUCGGUCUGAUUGGCAGCAUCAGGAUGGCACAUUUCACCCCAGAGCUUCCCGCUGUGGCUGAGUUCUCCACAGCUGAAACGAUGGGUCACAGCGCUGAUCGCCUGGCUGCUGCGUUCGGGGUCACCAGGCUGGAGCAGGAUGAGUUUGCUGUGCGAUCACACAGUCUGGCCAAAAAGGCCCAGGACGAAGGUCUGCUGCAGGAUGUCAUCUCCUUUAAAGUGCCAGGUCGCGAUAUUGUUUCCAAGGACAACGGCAUCCGCCCGUCCUCCAUGGAGCAAAUGGCCAAACUGAAGCCCGCCUUCAUUAAACCUCACGGCACAGUCACUGCUGCCAACUCCUCUUUCCUGACUGACGGUGCCUCUGCUGUGCUCAUCAUGUCUGAAGAGAAAGCUCUGGCUAUGGGUUACAAGCCUAAAGCUUACCUCAGAGACUUUGUCUACGUGUCCCAGGACCCCAAAGAUCAGCUGCUUCUGGGGCCAACGUACGGUACACCAAAGGUGCUGGAACGGGCCGGCUUGACCAUGAACGAUAUUGACGUCUUUGAGUUCCACGAGGCGUUCGCAGGUCAGAUAAUGGCAAAUCUGAAGGCUAUGGACUCAGACUGGUUCGGCCAGACGUACUUGGGCAGAAAAUCAAAGGUGGGGACUCCUCCCAUGGAGAAGUUCAACCUGUGGGGAGGCUCUCUGUCUUUGGGUCACCCAUUCGGUGCCACAGGCUGCAGACUGGUAACCACAGUGGCACACCGGCUGCAGAAGGAGGGAGGACAGUACGGACUGCUGGCUGCUUGUGCUGCCGGAGGACAGGGUCAUGCCAUGGUGAUCGAGGCCUACCCCCAGUAAAACAUUUGCAUCAUCAUCUGCUUCCUGAUCUUCCGGUUCAUCAUGACGGCUACACACUAACAUCCAGACAACAGAGUGUACAUACGAGCACCGCUUUGCCUUGAAGAGAGUGGAGGCGUUUUAGGAAUCUUGUGUAAAUUUAACUCUUGCUUAGAGGCUGUUAAAUUAUAGCAGAAUGUCGUUGAGGGAAGUUGCCUAUGAGUUUAUGGACUUUGAGGUGCAUCAUGUCAGCGUUGUCUCAGAGUCGAAUGUAACAUAGCUAAAUUUAAGCACUCAGAGGAAAUACAGUGAUCCUAAUGUUUAUAUACGCUGUAAUAUUGUUUUUUCUUACCGACUGAUGGAAUUAAAUGGUGUGAUUGUCACCACACUGACACUCA